AUGGUUGUUCUCUCUCAACCACCAACAUUAGAUUUCAACCAAUAUUCACUUCUCCGAUCAACAUGCAAACCCACCGCUUCCUUUGCCGAUAUUCCCGAAAUUGACCUCUCAGAUCCCAACGCCAAGUUCCAUAUCGUCAAAGCUUGCGAAGAAUUCGGCUUCUUCAAGCUCGUAAACCACGGUGUUCCCGUCGAGCUGAUGACGAAACUCGAAGAUGAAUCACUCUGUUUUUUCAAACUUUCUAAGUCUGAGAAAGAUAAAGCUCGCACACCACACCCUUUAGGCUAUGGCUCUAAUGGCGAUAAGGGCUGGAUUGAAUAUCUCCUCCUUAACGCUAAUCCUCUUCCCAUUUUCUCCCAUGACUUCCUUUGCGCAGCGACGGAGUAUGUAACAGCGGUGAAGAAACUGAGCUGUGAAGUAGUGGAAUUAAUAGCAGAAGGAUUAAAAAUGGAGCGAAGAAACGCCAUUAGCAAGCUUCUAAAAGACGAGAAAGCUGAUUGUUGUUUCAGAGUAAACCACUAUCCCCCAUGCCCAGAAAUGCAGGGCUUAAGCGGACUAAACAAUAUGAUUGGAUUCGGCGAACACACAGACCCACAAAUCCUAUCAAUCUUAAGAUCAAACAACUCGACCGGUUUACAAAUCUGCCUCAGAGACGGCGCGUGGGUGUCAGUGCCAGCGGACGCCGCAGCGUUCUUCGUGAAUGUCGGCGACGUGCUGCAGGUGAUGACUAAUGGGAGAUUCAAAAGCGUGAAGCAUAAAGUGGUGGUGGAUCCGAACAGAGAGAGAGUUUCGAUGAUUUACUUUGGAGGGCCGCCGUUGAGUGAAAAGAUUACGCCGUUGCCGGAGGUAUUAAAAGACGGAGAAGAAAGCUUGUACAAGGAAUUUACAUGGUGGGAAUACAAAACGGCGGCGUAUAAGAGCAAAUUGGCUGAUUAUAGGCUUGGUGCGUUUGAAAAGAGUCCAAUUUGUUAA